AUGACUGCAGUCGCAGACGAGGGCACAAACACCUUCGAGUACUUUGGGAGCAGCAGCGCUGGGUCGUUCACGAGGCAGAUCAAGGCCGCAAUCGAUGCUCGUCUGGGCGUGUCGGCGGCCACACCUGCCCAGCCAACGCCUACCCUGAGCGGCAAUGGGCCACAGGACGCAAUACUGGAUGGCGCCAGCUACACCCUCCCGGCGAGGAGAGUCGCAGAUCGCCUGAUGUCCACGUACUGGCUCUACGUAGACCCUCUAUACCCAUUCCUGAACCGGAAGGUCUGGGAGCGCUCAUACCGCGCCCUCUUCGAGGGGACGCCACUCCACACCGACGAGCGCAUCUUCGUCACCAUGCUCAACGUCAUCUUUGCCCUGUCAACGCAGCUGCUCGAGGCUACGCAUUCGGAGUACCGGGAGAACUCGAGCAAUGCGUACUUCAUCAACGCUCGGGACCUGCUACGGCUCGACCCCUGGGAGCCCGGGUCGCUCGAGCUGGUGCAGUGCCUGUUGCUCAUGGGCCAGUACUCCCAGAGCACCAAUAACCCGCACAAGACGUGGAUGGUCGUUGGGAACGCGAUCAGGAUUGCUCAGGGUCUUGGGCUCCACUUGCCGGAGACGUCGGCCAAUGUCGCCGAUGCUGAUGAGCGAGAGACGCUGAGGAGAGUGUGGUACGGCUGCGUCCUCAUGGAUCGAACUGUGUGCAUGACCCACGGACGUCCAGCAAUGGUCUCCGAGAACAUCCCAUCAGCGGUACCCAUGCCAGUCUGGAGCCAACCAGGGUCUGGAAGUACAUCCGCCACCGCAUCCAACAAGUCGAGCCAGACGUAUUUUGCUUUCUUCGUCAAGUCGGUCGAGCUGUACGAGAUCAUUCACCAGGCUAACCUGAAGCUUUACUCAGGCUCCGAUUCCCGAUCUGCCAGGAAGGAGGGCCCUCAGGCCUCGCACAGGGAAGCCGAUGAUGAGGACCUGGGCAUCGUCAUGCAGAUCGACUCGUCCCUGAGCCGGUGGAAGUGCAGCCUGCCAGACCACCUGAAGCCCGACACCACGGAACUCCCCGACUCGGCCACUGUUCAACGGCAGGCGGUUAUCCUCCGGAUCCGGUUCUUGCAUGCAAGGAUCCUCCUCCUGAGACCGAUCAUGGCCCGCUUCUGUCUCGACCACGCCCCGUAUCACCACGUAUACGACAGUCUCAAGACGCGAGUCACCCAGCAGUGCGCCCUCUUCUGCGUGGAGACGGCCAAGAGGAUGAUUUCUACGCUCGUACAGUACCAGCAGAACGACGGCACGGUGGGCCUCCUCCCGGCCUGGUGGUACCGCGUGUACUACGUCUACUCGGCCGCCACGAUCCUCAUCGCGGCGAAGCUGCGUCCGGAUGUCUUUCCCGCGCCAGACAUCGCCCGGUCCUGGGAACAGGCCAUGUCGAUCCUCGAGACCCACGAGAGGUUCGGCCAGUCGGCGAAGAGGUGCGCCGCGGCUCUGCACAUUUUGUCGACGAAGAUAUUGCAGGAUACCCAGACCUGUGAGAAUCCAAGAAAUGGCGCGGGUCUGGCGGGGAGUGGCGAGCGACCUGCGACCCUGGUAGAUUCCGGAACCGCAUUUUCUGGACAGGUGGACGAGAAUACCUUCUUUGGGCGGUCAGACCUUGCUGGCAUCUCUUUCGAUAUUAACGACUUUACAUGGCUCAAUGAUAUGCAUGCCUGGGAGCUGCUGAACCAGGCAUAG